AAAACAACGCACACAUACAUAUUUUUUUAUUCUUAUAGACGGCAUUUUUUCUGAUAUUCGUGGAGAAUAUUUUUGUCAGGUCUUUUUAUAUAAAUUUUUAGGGAAAAUACUAAUAAAAUAGACUAAGAAUGUCUAAACGUGCUGCUGACGACAACAGCGGUGUUGGCAGUUCGGGUAACACCGCUGCUAACACCAAUCUCGGCCAACCACCCAUUAAAAAAGUACAUUUUGAGCCACAUCUAAUUGGGCCCGUAUCUACUUUGGAGGAAAUGGAUAUUAAAGUAUUAGAAUUUCAAAAUAAAAAAUUAGCUCAACGCAUUGAGCAAAGAAUGCGCACAGAGGCCGAACUGAGGCAUCGCAUAGAACAAUUGGAAAAACGUCAAACACAAGACGACGCAGUUCUCAAUGUGGUUAACCGGUAUUGGAACCAAUUAAAUGAAGAUAUACGUGUGCUGCUGCAAAGGUUCGAUGCCGAAACAGCCGACGAACUUGAGAAUCGCAAUGAAAAUGAGGUUACGACAUCAUUUUUGACGCAGUUGUCCACUUGGGACAAGGAAGAACUUGACGAUAAACUUGCCAAUCGAGUACAAGUCUCUAAGAGGGCUGUGGCCAAAAUUGUUCAAGUUAUUGACAGAAUUAUGCAAAGAAAUGAAAAAAUUACUAUGUCUUUAAAAGGAGAGCCGUCAACUACGGGUCCGUCCUCAUCUACUUCAGAAACAGGAGAUGAAUCACAGACAGACUCCACUGCUGCUAAUAACAUACCCAACAUUGAAGAGACUCUUAAGCAAACCCACAUUGAAAUUAUGACAGAAAAUUGUAAUUUACAAAAUCUUAAUACUUCUCUUCAUGAAAAAUUUCAUACAAUGUCUCUAAAAAUGAAAGAAUAUCAAGAUGCCUUGACUGCCAAAGAGACAGAGAAUGCAGAACUCAAGAAUCAAAUUGAUGAGUUGCAAUACGAUUUGGAAAAAAUCCAUUGUCGAAAUGACAAACUUGAGAACCAUUUGGCUGAGGCUAUAGAAAAACUAAAGGCCUACCAUCAAAUGCAUGGCGAUCCCAAUAAAAGCUCCUCAACUUCCAAGGGUUCAGGACACACUCAUGUUAGUAGUCAUCAGGUUGAAGAUCUGCAAAAAGAACUUGAAGAAAACCGAGAUUUGGCCAACAAUCGUUUACAAGAACUGGACAAACUACAUGCUACGCAUCGAGAGACCUUAAAAGAAGUUGAAAAACUUAAAAUGGAUAUUCGCCAACUCCCCGAGUCGGUAAUUGUGGAAACAACCGAGUAUAAAUGUUUACAAUCUCAAUUUUCGGUUUUGUACAAUGAAUCGAUGCAAAUUAAAACGAUGUUAGAUGAAACCAGAAAUCAACUACAAACUAGCAAGAAUCAGCAUUUACGUCAAAUCGAAGUAAUGGAAAGUGAAGAAUUGAUUGCACAGAAGAAGGUUCGAAGUGAAAUGAUUCAAAUGGAGGAUGUCCUUGCACAAAUACGUAAAGAAUAUGAAGCUCUGCGUAUUGAAUUUGAGCAAAAUAUGGCGGCAAAUGAGCAGACGGCUCCCAUAAACAGGGAAAUGAGACAUUUGAUAACAUCUUUGCAAAAUCAUAACGGCCAAUUGAAGGGAGAGGUACAACGAUAUAAACGUAAAUAUAAGGACGCAUCGGCAGAUAAUGUUAAAUUGCGCAGAGAAUUAGAAGAAUCGACAGCCAAAUUGGAGGGUACGAAAUUACAAAAUACACCAGGACAGGCAGGAAAUGGCGAAGAUAUUAAGCAAGAGGGUAGUGGGAACAUUAAAGAAGAGUUUCCUGGCAACUCGGGUAAUUCAGCGAAUACCAGUGGCGUGGGAACAGACGGUAGUGUUGCUGUAAAAGAAGAAGGUGCAGCCAUUAAAUCGGAAGAUGAAACUAUGGAUGACGAUUUUAAUAAGGAUCAAAAAGAAGGAAUCAAAAAGGAGCUUGCAUCACCGGGAGGUCCAGAUAAAAAAGAAAAUCAAACCGGAUCUAAUACUUCUAGUUCCACACCUGCUGGUGGUGCGGUUACAGCUGCAACGGCUGUUAAACAAGAAAAAGACGCUAAGGAUGUUCAAAAAAUUAAAGAUGUUAAAGUUCAAGAAUCUGAAAUAGUACGCGACCUAAAAGCCCAAUUAAAAAAAGCUCUCAAUGAUCAAAAAGAAAUGAAACUUCUGUUGGACAUGUAUAAAGGUGUGUCCAAAGAUCAACGUGACAAGGUCCAGUUGAUGGCAACUGAAAAGAAAUUAAGAUCCGAAAUCGAAGAAUUGCGCCAGCAGUUGAAAAAAUUACAGGAAAGCAAAAGAGAGGAGCGCAAAAAACUUGCCGACGAAGAAGCCCUACGUAAAAUCAAACAACUGGAAGAACAAAAAUAUGAAUUGCAAAAACAAGUGGCCAGCCAAAAGCCUCCCGAUAACUGGGGACCUGCUGGGCCCAAUUAUGCGCGUCCCUUUGUAGGUUCUCAUGAAGAAGAGGCCUUGCUAAACGAAAUGGAAGUAACCGGUCAAGCAUUCGAAGACAUGCAGGAGCAAAAUUCUCGUCUUAUACAACAGUUGCGUGAAAAAGAUGAUGCUAAUUUCAAAUUGAUGUCUGAACGCAUUAAAGCCAAUCAAAUGCACAAACUACUAAGAGAGGAAAAACAAAUCUUAGAAGAUCAAAUGACUACACGGGAUACACAAAUAGAAGCCAUGCAUAUAGUUUUGCGUAAACUCGAGGAAAAGGAAAGGAGUUUACAAGCUACAGUAGCUGCUAUUGAAAAAGAGCUUGCACUGCGGCAACAAGCCAUGGAAAUGCAUAAGCGUAAAGCAAUUGAAUCAGCCCAAUCAGCAGCCGAUCUUAAAUUACAUUUGGAAAAAUAUCACGCCCAAAUGAAAGAGGCCCAACAGGUGGUUGCAGAGAAGACAAGUUCCUUGGAAGCCGAAGCCUAUAAAACUAAACGUUUGCAAGAAGAAUUGGCUCAAUUCAAACGUAAAGCAGAACGUAUGAAGAAAAUCGAAAUGGCCGGUACAACCAUUGAUGAAGUUAUGCUCGAAGAGAUCCGUGAAUACAAGGAGACCCUCACCUGCCCAUCUUGCAAAGUUAAACGUAAAGAUGCCGUACUCUCUAAAUGUUUCCAUGUCUUUUGCUACGAUUGUUUGCGUACGCGCUACGAGACAAGACAGCGCAAAUGUCCCAAGUGUAAUUGUGCCUUCGGUGCCAAUGAUUAUCAUCGUUUGUAUUUAACUUAAGCUAGUUUAGUUAAAUUACAGUUAUCGCAUAGGAUGAAUAUUUAAUAUAUACACACACAUAAUAACAAACAUACACAUAGAGCAAGUCAUAGAGAGGAAACUCUGCUGACAUAAAUCUAAGACCGAGGAGUAUUCCGUAAAUCGAUUCUUCAAAAAAACAAAAAAAAAACACUUUCAAUUUACCAAUGUAUGCAUAUAAAUUCGUACCUUUUCAUUUUGGAUCGAGUUGCCGAAUUGUCGUCCUGGUAAGAAUGUAUUUUAAUACACUGUAUGAAACCAAUAACAAUUUAUUUUGUUUGGUUUUUUUCCGAGUUUUAGCUCUAUGCCUUCCUCUAUGCACAUCCCUACAUAAUAACAGAGAAACAUACUCACUUAUAAACAUUCAUACACUUCCAUUUUUGUUUAAUGUGUUUAUUUAACAUGAUGUUUUUUUUAUUUUAAUUUUAAAUCAAACAAAAUAUACAUGAACAUAAUCCCAAAGGAUUAUAUUUUUUAAAUGAAACUUAAAAUUAAUGCUUUAGAUGGACAUAAAGCAAAAAGCGAAUUAAUAAAUAAUAAUAAAUAUAUAUAUAACAAAAAAUAUAUAAAAUA